CUUUUUUUUUUUUGAAAACAUUCUUCAAGAAAAUACUUCCAAUGAAAAUCCAUUUUCCAUCUCCGACAACACACCCAGAACACAAUUAUAUUGAGCAUAUGGAUAUUUAGCUAUUUUUGAAAAAAUGCUGAAUUUUCUUAUCAAAGCUUUUUCAACGAACACAACAACAAAUACUCUUCCAAUUUUUUUUUUAACCAUAUCCUGUCGGCAAUUGAUUGAGAAAUCAGCAACCUGUUGAUUUGAAUCAGGAUUUUCUCCGGUCAAGCUUGUUGCAGGCACUGCCCAGUUCAACUUGCAGUUUCAGCUUCUGGGUUUCGGAAUUCAACUUGAUCAGCAUAAUAGGACAAACUGUCAAGCUGCCUCUGUUGUCUGGAUAGUCUUGUUGCAGGCACUGCCCAGUUUAAUUUGCAAUUCCAACUUUUGGAUUCGGCACGCCAUGAUGGCAGGAUCGAUGCAGUCUUCUCUGUGUCAUCGAGGGAAUUUCCAUGGACAGUCUUUUCAGGGAUGCAGGCAAUGGGAAACUGGGAAUAAUGGGAUCUCUCAAUUUGUGCUCUCAACUCAGAGCACAUCGGGUCCUUGCAUAUGCCCAACAAAGGAUGAACAAAGGUCAACUAAGGAAGACGUUGUCUCAGCAAACUUCCCUCAUCAUCAGUCAGAAGAGUUAUCGCAAACUGCACAGCCGACACAACAGCAAUUGGGGUAUCCGCAGAUGCAUCAGAAUCAGCAGCUCCAACAGCAACAACAACAACCUCAGCAGGUUUUGCAUCAGCAGCAAUCUUCUCCAGCAAUGGAUUUCCCUGGUGGUCGCGAUUUGCUGAGUUUGACUGGAUCAGAACCAGAUGCCACUGGAUCUGGGACAACGACUCCUGGGAGUAGUUCAAGCCAGGGGGCUGAAGCAAGCAAUCAGUUUCUUGGGAAGAGAAAGAUUCAGGAUUUAGUUUCACAGGUGGAUCCUCAGGCAAGAGUUGAUCCUGAAGUUGAACAGCUUCUUUUAGAGAUCGCUGAUGACUUUAUUGAUUCGGUUACUACAUUUUCUUGCGAUUUGGCGAAGCAUCGGAAAUCUUCGACUCUGGAGUCCAAAGAUAUACUGUUACAUUUAGAGAAAGAUUGGAAUUUGACUGUCCCAGGUUUUUCAAGUGAGGAUAAGAAACACCGACCUGAACAUUCAUCAGGUGAUCUCUGCAAAGAGCGUUUGGAAAUGAUACCUGCCAUGAUGGAGGCUUCACCACAAGCUGAAGCAAGUACAAGCAGCAGCGCGAAGGAGAUCGUCAGUCCAGGGCUGGGUGACCAGGUUGGUUCGACUGACAUAAUCGGACCAUUAAGUUCAGAGGAAUUGGCUUCACCAUCUAAUGGUGAAAUAUAGUUCAACUAUAACAAGAUGUGAUGUCCCCUGGAGAUUGGUAUACCCCUUGCUUUACUGUAAUAAAACCUUUUUCAACUUUAGUUUGCUUGUCGACUGAAGAACGUAAACAUAAGUCUGUUAUGAAUUUUCAUGACCUUUUGUUGGUGCCCCUCUUUGGUAUGUUAUGUUAAGUUUUCUUUAUUA